GUGGUGUGCUCAUCUCGCGACUGCUCUCUCUUAGCCCCCGUUACACACUAAGCUCGGGACGUAUCUGUUCAUGAGAGCCGUAAGUCAACCUUCCUGUGCUCCCCUCUCCUCCUAAAAUCGUAUGCCUUCCGUUGGUUGACUUACGGCUCAUAUUCCUUCCAGCUCCCCUUCCUUCCUCCCUUCCUUCCUUUGAUAGGAUAUCGGAUCUCCAUCGAUCUCUCUCUCUCUCUCACCAGAGACUAGACUGCAUGCCAAGAUGAAGAGGUCUCUUCCAUAUGGUGUGAUGUGACUGUGAACCAGGAUUUAGCAACCAACCAACCUAGAGCUAGAUCUGGAGCCAGAUUGUUGAAUCGAAUUCGCAGAAGCUGUUGCGGUUUGGUGGCUUGGUGCCUUUUUGAUCGAAUUUGCAGCCGAUCGAUCGAUCGAGUACAGAACUAUCAGUCCAGUGUCCAGUCCAGUCCAGUCCAGAGGCAACCAUGAUGGAAUUUGCUGCUCUUGUCGUCUCCCUGGUAGGGUGGUUCGUCACGCCCGUCAUCACCAAGUCUAUCAACGCAGCAUAUGAAUACGCAAAGGAGACGAAAGAAUCGUUCAAGGAGGUCAGUAGUAAUCUGGAAAACCUGGCCCGGCAACUUAAGGUCAUCAAGAAGACUGUUCAUGAAGCCCAGCUACAUUUCAUCAACAAGGGAGAAGGGGAGGAGAUUCUGUGGGGGCUCAAGGGUGCCAUUGAUGAAGCGGAUGAGAUUCUGGACUUGUUCGAGUACGAGAGUCUUAAGAGGAAGCCCAAGGGCAUUUCUUCCAAGUUUGCACUACACUUUACUUGUCUGCUCAAGUCUGUGCUCCAGAAGUUGGACUCAGCUGGCGAUAGCGCGCAGGGCUUCCUACAGGAUAAAGGCAACGUUAUUCAAGAUUCUGCCAUCUUCCGUGAAGCUAGAGAAACGGGCCAGUCAACUCGGGAUGAUUUCUUCUUCGGGUACCACCAGCAACAUGGCGAUCUCAUGGAUCUGCUUCAAGUCGAGCAGAAUAAGGUUAUAGCCAUCAUAGGCCAUGGAGGGAUGGGGAAGACUCACCUUGCUCGCCAGCUCUACCAUGCUAAUCAGUCCAAGUUUGAUGUGCGCAUAUGGGCACACGUCGGCAACAAAUCAGGUCAACUUGAUCUUUUGACACAGUUAUGCAAGUCGGCCAACAGUAAUGGCUCCUUAAGCCUGACGGUUCCACACGACCCCAACGUUGCUGUCCUUGAGUCCAUGCUUGAAGGUCUGCUACAACCCCAAGGACGGCCCCAAAGGAGUUGUCUGGUCAUGCUUGAUGAUGUAUGGCAGCACGAGGACCAUGGAUCCGGGAUCACCCGGAGUCUAAGAGAUGAGGCAUGGAGGAGUGUGCUGGCCAUGUUCGAGGGGCUGAAAAAUUGUAAAGUUGUAAUGACCACUCGAGACAAGGUUUGUUCCACGACAGUAAAUGCAAAUCCAACAGUCUUCCUGGAUGGGAUCAGUGAAGAGAUAAUGAGUCAGCUGCUCGAAAAGUACAUUGCAAAAUUUCCUCAAGAGCGUAAAGUUGUACUUCCCCAAUAUCUAGCGGAACGGAUUGCUGGCAAGGUGAAGGGAUCCCCACGAGGAGCUAUUAGUAUUGUUGAUAAGCUCAAGACAGCCAACAGUGAGACUCAGAAGGCCAAUAUGAAGCACAGCAUCUUAGGUCAACUCGAAAACAGCCACCACAUCCAACGCCUAUAUGAAGAUCAUCUAUUCACCUUCCGUCAUCUACCACCUUUGCUACAGAGCUGCCUGGCAUUCUGCAGCAUCUUCCCAUUUGACUGGAAGUUCCACCCUGAAAAGUUAACCAAGAUGUGGCUAGCUCACGGUAUUAUUGACGACACGGAAGUGCAAGUCGCGGAAGGAUACUUUGACCAUCUCGUGGAUCGGUCCUUAUUCAAACAAGUCAGGGACGGCCGCUAUGUGAUCCAUGUGCACAUCCAUUCUAUGCUACGCCGGGUCUCUCGCACUGAAUGUAUGAUCAUUGACAAUGGUUCAUCUUCAACAGACAUAAUCGUCCCUGCAACAGUUCGCCACUUAUCUGUGACUACCAGCUGCCUAGCUAAGCUCAAACCAGAGAGAGCAAAGAAAUCUGGCCAUGAAUUCACAGCGGUGCGGACACUGGUUGUCUUCACAGACAAGGAAGCUCCUUCCUCGCCUUGGAGUGACAUUUGUGAGGCAAACAGAACACUCAGAAAGUUCAAGCGCGUCAAGGUACUGGAUUUGACGGAUACCCACAUAACUCGGCUGCCUGAUAGUGUCGGUGAGCUCAAACAUCUGCGAUACCUAGGUUUUCCUAACACCGUGGAGCAGCCUCGUGCUGAUGGCAAUAAGAUCACCAAGCUACUACUCCUUGAGACAGUGUACGUCAGCAAGCCUCGGUCGCCAGCGGCUGAUAUGGACAUGGAGAUGGACACGGAGGGCAUCGCCAAGAUUGGUGGCAUUGGAAAGUUAGAGAAACUGCAAGGGUCGCUCGAAUUUCAUGUCCACAAUAAAAACCAUAAAAAUGGACAUACCAUGUUGGAGCUUGGGAAGAUGAACUCUAUUAGCAGGACCCUGAGCAUAAAGGGCGUUCAAGCCGUCCAAACCAAGAAAGAAGCGCAGGAGGCUCGACUUGCAAUAAAAGCAUCUCUCCAAGUCCUCAAGCUUGAUUGGGAGAACGAUGCAGAUGAUCCAUGUAAAGGUAAAGGUAAUGGUUGCCUUCUUGUUCUUGGAGGCCUCCAACCUCAUGCCAAUCUCCGUGAGCUGCAUAUCACGAGGUACCCUGGGAAGAAGCUGCCUGCCUGGCUGUGGCAGAUGACAAACCUGACCAGCCUGUACCUUACCAGCUGCACCUGCUACACGGAACUAAAGUCAGAUGUUGACCGUCUCAAACAAGACUUCCCUCACCUCAGCAUUGUGAUAGACGGUAACCAAGAGUCAACAGCCGCGGGUGAGCCCCCUGUCCAGCAACCAAGAGUACCGCCCUCUUCCAUCAACAGUGGCCAACAGGGCUCUGCACCGUGGCCGCCCCCUAUCCAGCAACCAAGAGUACCGUCCUCUUCAGUCAACAGUGGCCAACAGGGCUCUGCACCGUGGCCGUCCCCUGUCCAUCAAGCAAAAGUACCGCCUUCUUCCGUCAACAGUGGCCAACAGGGCUUUGCACCGCGGCCGCCCCCUGUCCAGCAACCAAGAGUACCGCCUUCUUCCGUCAACAGUGGCCAACAGGGCUUUGCACCGCGGCCGCCCCCUGUCCAGCAACCAAGAGUACCGCCUUCUUCCGUCAACAGUGGCCAACAGGGCUUUGCACCGCGGCCGCCCCCUGUCCAGCAACCAAGAGUACCGCCUUCUUCCGUCAACAGUGGCCAACAGGGCUUUGCACCGCGGCCGCCCCCUGUCCAGCAACCAAGAAUACCGCCUUCUUCCGUCAACAGUGGCCAACAGGGCUUUGCACCGCGGCCGCCCCCUGUCCAGCAACCAAGAGUACCGCCCUCUUCCGUCAAUAGUGGCCAACAGGGUUAUGCACCGCGGCCGCCCCUUGUCCAGCAACCAAGAGUACCACCCUCUUUCGUCAACAGUGGCCAAAUGGGAUCUGCACCGCAGCCGCCCCCUGUCCAACAACCAAGAGUAGCACCUUCUUCCGUCAACAGUGGCCAACAGGGCUUUGCAUCGCGGCCGCCCCCUGUCCAGCAACCAAGAGUACCUCCCUCUUCCGUCAACAGUGGCCAACAGGGAUAUGCACCGCGGCCGCCCCCUGUCCAGCAACCAAGAGUACUGCCCUCUUCCCUCAACAAUGGCCAAAUGGGAUCUGCACCGCAGCCGCCCCCUGUCCAGCAACCAAGAGUACCGCCCUCUUCGGUCAACAGUGGCCAGCAAGCCUUUGCACCGCGGCCACCCCUUGUCCAGCAACCAAGAAGUGGUCAACAGGGCUCUACAUCGUGGCCGCCCCCUGUCCAGCAACGAAGAGUACCGCCCUCUUCCGUCAACAGUGGUCAACGGGGCUCUACAACUCGGCCAGCAACCAAUAGUACAGCCCAGACGACGGACAAUCGUCCUGUUCACGCAAAGUGUCAAGCAGCGCGGGAAGCAAGCAUGACCAGGACGAGCACAGUCAAUCGUCCUCCUGUCGGAAUCGAUGAUGUUUAUAUAGCACUGAUGUAUAUGGUCAUGCUUCUCUUGGUGUUUCAUUAUGUGGGAAUCAGAGUUGUUAUUCUCCUACUGCUGUUAAUCUGCCAGUUUCGUUCUUGAAGGUCCCUGGAGUUGAGUUCCAUGAUUUGUUGACAAUCUGUUGUAAUCCAAUAAUAUGUGCUGCUCAUGCAUUGCAAAAAACUUGUUUCUUAAGUUGUGACAUUUCUUUGUGAUCACUUCAACCGCUUGUUUCUUAA